AUGGCGGACGGGGAAGAGAAGAAGUUUGUAUGCAAGGUCUGUUACAAGGAGUUUCCUUCUGGUAAAUCACUCGGAGGUCACAUUAAAAUUCAUUCAGAUCAUUACAAAGGAAACAAGAAGAAGAGGUUGGUGGGUCAGAGAGAGAAGCAGCAACAGCAACAAAAACAUAAACAACAGCAUUCUUGCAAAGAAUGUCGUAACAAGUUCGUUUCUUUGAAAGCUCUUAGAGCUCACAUGGCUUGUCACCGUAAGGGAGAGGAGAUGUUAAUGGAUAGCGAAUCUGAUACUGAGUCUGAGACUUCCUCAUCUCCUACGAGGAAAAGAUCCAAGAGGGUGAUGGCUGAGGAAUCAGAUUCAGAAUAUUUUAGUAGUGGGAGCUUGUCUUUUGGUUCUGAGACAGACCAAGAUGCUGGAAGGGCGGCUUGUAUUUUGUUGAUGGUUAAUAGCGGAGAUAGUUACGAGAAUAUAUAUAACUGGGAGAUGAACUCUCGGGAUAAGUCAUCUGAGAAAAACUCCAGGAUUGUUAAGACUAAGUCAUCUUCAGGAAAGAAGCUUAAGAUAUUUAACGUGAAGAGUCAAGUUUUAGAGACAGGUAAAGUUGCAGACGGUGACCAAUUGAGAUCUGCUGAUGAUAAUGGUGUUAUUGAUCUCUGUGAUUCAGAUGGAUCUGAAUUCAUGAAUAGCUCAAAGAAGUCAGACUCAGACAUCUCUGUUGACGGAUCUCCUAAGAACACUGGAUUUGGAGCUGGAUUCAACAACUCAAACAGGUUAAGGAAUAGUGAUAAGGGAGGAUCAAAGUAUGAUCUGAGAACAAGCAAAAGGGGCUUGUUUUCUUAUGAAACUGAUUCAUCUGCAGACACAAACAGGAAGAUUCAUAGGUUCAGAGACAGCAAAGAUCCAGUGGUUAAGAAAGCAGGUGGUGGAAAGAAGAACAGGAAAAUACAUAAGUGCCUUAUAUGCUUCAAAGUGUUUAAAUCAGGCCAAGGUUUAGGUGGUCACAAGAGAUUGCAUAUGGCACUGGGAACCAAGAACACAACCAAGUAA